CAGUAGUAGUCACAUUUUUUCUCUGUUAUUACAACAAAGUGGGAUUAUCCGUACUAGGAGGUUUUAAUUAAUUUCUUUUUUUCACAAUCUUAAUAUUGAUAUCGACUACAAACAACAUUUUCUUACUUCAAAGAAGCGUAAUGCGGCUUUACUUUGUCGAAUAAUUUCGUAUUGCGCACGUUGUAGGUUUCAGUCUUCAAUAUCGUGCAAAAUGGGAAAGCUAAAUGCUAAAGUACUUCGAUAUUUAACCAAAGAACAUUUUCGUGUUCUCACAGCGGUUGAGAUGGGUAUGAAGAAUCAUGAAAUCGUUCCCAUUCCUCUAAUAGCAUCCAUUGCCCGUUUGCACAGUGGUGGAUGUCAUAAGAUUUUGAUGAGCUUAGUCAAGCAUAAGCUAGUAGCAUAUGAACGAGGCAACAAAAGAUAUGAUGGCUACAGACUAACAAAUUCGGGGUAUGACUACCUUGCCUUAAAGGUUCUUGCAAGCCGUGAGGUUGUGCGUUCUCUUGGGAAUCAAAUUGGCGUUGGCAAAGAGUCAGAUAUAUACAUUGUUGCUGAUGCAGAACUAAAACAGUAUGCGCUUAAACUACACAGGUUAGGAAGAACUUCAUUUAGACAGCUCAAAAACAAAAGAGAUUACCAUAAACAUAGGAGUUCUACUUCUUGGCUCUAUCUUUCUCGAUUGUCAGCUACAAAGGAGUUUGCAUACAUGAAAGCACUCUAUGAAAAAGGUUUCCCCGUCCCAAAACCUGUGGACUGCAAUAGACAUGCUGUUGUUAUGGAACUGAUUAAUGGUCAUCCACUAUGUCAAGUUCAUGAAGUCGCUGACCCAGCAGUCUUGUUUAGUGAGUGUAUGGAGACCAUAGUAAGACUUGCUGAGCAUGGAGUCAUUCACUCUGAUUUCAAUGAGUUUAAUUUACUGCUGGAUGCAAAAGAUCACAUUACUCUCAUUGAUUUCCCACAAAUGGUCUCCAUAUCUCAUAUCAAUGCACAGUGGUACUUUGAAAGAGAUGUCCAGUGUAUCAGAGACUUUUUUUCUAAAAGAUUCAACUAUGAAAGUGAACUGAGUCCAUCAUUCAAAGAUAUCAGACGCAUUGAUGAUCUGGACCGAGAAGUUGCAGCAAGUGGAUUCACAAAAGCCAUGGCUUCUUCAUUCAAUGAGAUUAUUGAUGAAUUUGGGACACUUGAAACCAAAGAGAAUACAACAAAUGAAUUCAGCAGUGACGAUAGCAGUGAAAGUGAUUCCAAGGAAUCUGUUGAGAGUGAAGAUGAGGAUCUUCUGACCCACAAAAAUUGCCAAGCCCUAUCAAAAUCAUCAUUAAACGCAGAGACUGACAGAUUAGGGUACCGUUUGUCUCUGCUUAAUUUCCCUACUGCCAGUUCUGAUGAGAGGGAAAUUCCAGAGGACUUCAUUCCGGAUUCUGAACUUGAUGCUGUGCACCCACCAGAAAAGAUGGUUGCUGAGGAUAAAGGUUUAGAUACUACUGAUACAGCAGACUAUACUAGUGCUAAAUUAAGAGAAGGCACUCCUUCUCAGUCAGAAGUGGCAUUCAAAGAAAAUGCAGCAGAUAUAAACGACGACGAAAAGACCAACUCUAGCAGUGAAGAGGAGGUGGAAAAUAUUAGAACUAGUAAUAAACAUUAUAAACCAUUUAGAACUGAAGCAAGCAUGCACCACAAAAAUUCCCAUCUAAUCUGGCCUGCCGUUAGAGCAGAAGUUAUGAGUGUAGCGAGUUCUACCAUAGAUCCUGAAGUGAUAAAGAAAAAAGUUAGAUGUCAGGCCAAACGGCAAGAGGCCAAGUUGAAAGCCAGGCGAACACGCAAAAGUGGGGAGUCUGCUUUGGCCACGAAAGCAAGGCGUGAAAACCAGAUGGAAGUCAGACAGUCAUUAUCAGCUGUUUGGUACUGAAGCAGAUUAUUGUACUGACAUGAACUGUGAUCACAAACUGCAAUUUGGAAUAGGAUGAAUUCUAUGUUUUUGAAUGAAAAGGCAGUUUUUGAAAUGUAUCACAAAUAAAAAUUGUUAAAAAUUUA